GUGAUCUCAUCACGGGCUGCGUGGAGCGGAGGGCGGGGCUCCACUCUUGCCAGCAUCCUCCUCCUCAUCCUCACCAUCACCACCGGCCAUCGCUCCCUCAUCGACCUGACACAUGAUGCUGAAGAUGCAGACAUAUUUCUUCUGCCUUUGAACAAAUACAACAACACGCCAUGGACUACCUUUUAGGACAUAUCGUACUGGACUGUGAGCUCUGUUGUCUGACAGGAGAAUGAGGAAGAGGAGAAACAGGAAGCCUUGGGAGCACUGUGGACCAUUUCUGUGAAGCCUCAAUGAAAGCAUCAGAAGAGCCGCUCUAGUAUUCCAAAUCAAUGGCCAAGAAAGGGCGUGCAAAGGGCGAGAAGCCUGAAGCCCUCAUCUCUGCCUUGCAGGCAGCCAAUGAAGAGCUCAGGUCCAAACUGACUGACAUUCAGAUAGAACUGCACCAAGAAAAAUGCAAGGUGAGCAAGCUGGAGCGCGACAAGGUGCAGGAAGUGAAGAGGGUGCGAGAGCAGGAGCAGCACCGCCACACCGCCAUGCUGACAGAGCAGCGCGCCAAGUGGCACGAGGAAAAGCAAAAGGAGCUACAAGCCCUGCGGGAAAGUCUGACACGGCAACAUGAGCAGGAGCUGGCCCGCCACGCCAAAAUCAAAGACCAGGAAAACCAGAGACUCAAAACCGCACUGAGCGCCAUUCGGGAUGGUAGCGGGGAGAAGGUGCGCACAGCACUGACCCUGGAGGCCAAGGAGGAGGCCCGACGCUUCUUUGACCAAGAGAGAGUGAAGCUCCUCCAGGAGAUAGCCGAGCUGAAGACAUCUAAGAAACAGACAGACGAGGCUCUCAGCAACAUGAUCCAGGCGGACAAGAUGAAGGCCGGUGACUUGAGGGUGGAGCACCAGCAGCACCAGGAGCAGAUCUCUAAGAUCAAGUGGGAUUGUGAACGGGACAUCCGGAGACUGGUGGAUGAAAUCAAAGCUAAAGAUCGUACCAUCUUCUCUCUGGAGAAGGAGUUGGAGUCAGCAACCGGAUUCCUACAGAAGCUGCAGCUUCAGAAGGAUGCGUUGGAUGAGCAACUUUUCCUGGUGAAAGAGGCCGAGUGCGGUCUAGGAAGCCCAAAAAGAGAGAUUCCGGGUAGAGUGGGAGAUGGUGCGGAACACUGUGGCAGCCCAGACAUGAGGAGAAACCAAAGGCGCAUUGCUGAAUUAAAUUCAACUAUUCGCAAGUUGGAGGACCGAAACUCGCUGCUGGUUGAUGAGAGGAAUGAACUGUUGAAGCGUGUGCGCGAGUCGGAGAAGCAGUGCAAGCCCUUGUUGGACAAGAACAAGCUGCUGAGUAAGAGGAAUGAUGAGCUGACCCUAACCAUCCAGAAGCUGGAAGAGAAAGCAAAGAGUCUCGCCAAGGAAAAUCUUGAGAUGAAGGAAAGGAUAAGCUCGCACCCUCCGCUAAAGAAGCCCAAGUCUCUGAAUGACCUGGAUCAAGCCCAUGAUGACCAGGAAAUAGCCUUUCUCAAGCUUCAAGUCCUGGAGCAGCAGAGCAUGAUUGACGAGCUGGCAAGGGACAGAGAGAAACUACUUCGAAAGAAAAGACAUAAAAGGAGCUCCAGGCCAAUAAAGAGACACAUUGUGGUGGAUACCUUUUUUGGCUAUGAUGAAGAGUCUAUGGACUCAGAAACAUCCUCUGUGGCUUCUUUCCGAAUGGAUAGGACACCCGCUACUCCAGAUGAAGAACUGGAUGUGGCAUUAGCCAAUGAGGAGUCUGAGCUGCGGUUCCGUCAGCUGACCAGGGAGUAUCAGGCCUUACAGCGAGCCUACGCUCUGCUGCAGGAACAGAAGGGUGGCAUAUUGGAUGCUGAGAUGGAAGCCAAGGCUCAGGAGCAACUCCAAGCAGACAUACUCAGGUACCAGGCCAAAAUAGAGGACUUGGAGAAGGAGCUGACAUUGAAGGGUCAGGACUCCAAAUGGGUGGAGGAGAAGCAGCUGUUUUUACGACGAAAUCAGGAACUUUUAGAGAAGGUGGAGAAGAUGGAGUUGGAAUGCAAUCGAGGGCAGCAGGAGCUCCAAGACUCUAGAGACCAGAAUGAACUGUUAGAGUUCAGGAUCUUGGAAUUAGAGGAGCGAGAGAGGAGGUCGCCUCCUUUCAACCACCUGAGAAUGCAUCCCUUCUCCGAGGGAGUCAGCGCAUUGCAAAUCUAUUGUAUGAAGGAAGGUGUGAAGGAUGUGUGCAUACCAGAUCUGAUCAAGCUUUUAGACAUCCUUGGAGACAACGGGAACUUAAGAAACGAGGAGCAAGUGGCCAUAAUUCAGGCUAGCACGGUUUUGUCAUUAGCAGAAAAGUGGAUUCAGCAGAUAGAGGGCACAGAGGCAGCACUACACCAGAAAAUGAUGGACCUGGAAAUAGAGAUGGAAAUGUUUUGUAAACAGAAAGGAUAUUUGGAGGAGGAGCUGGACUACAGAAAACAAGCCCUGGACCAGGCCUACAUGCAAAUCCAAGAGUUGGAAGCAACGUUAUACAACGCCCUGCAGCAGGACAAGGUGAUCAAAUAUGGCGAGCCUCUGGAUGAGCUCCAGCGGGAUGAGCUGCGAACGGCAGUGGAGAAGCUGAGAAGGCAGAUGCUGAGGAAGAGUCGAGAGUACGACUGCCAGAUCCUGCAGGAAAGGAUGGAGCUGCUGCACCAGGCACACCAGAGAAUUCGAGACCUUGAAGACAAGACAGAGAUCCAAAGGAGGCAGAUUAAAGAUCUUGAGGAAAAGGUGGUGCAUCAGCUCCGAGAUCCCGUUUGUCACUGCUGUUGUGUUAUUUAUUCGCUGUUGGAGUGUGGAGCAACACUGGUUCUAUUUGUGGUGUUAGUACACAAGUCAAUGGACGUUGGCCAUGGAUGCGCACUCUUUUUUUUUUUUUUUUUUUUUACUUUAAGUGGGUCUCUCAGGAUGCAGGACUGCAGGAACAAUAUGCACACACACAAAUACUAACAUACAUGCAUAUGCUGAUGCAUGUCCAUAUUGACAAACAAACAUGCUUUGACAAAUCCAAAACCAAAGCCUGGGAAGUAAAUGAUGUCUCUGCCAUGCAGGGUAGUAAUAAUAAUAAUAAUAUUGUGUGUCAGCCAUCACUGUUCGGGGAAAUGGAAAAAAACAAACACCCGCCCACAGCUGAUUGUCUUCUCUUUCAAGCCUAAAAGGAUGUAAAUCCAACCUAGAAGGGACCAUCAGACUGUUUGGACCCUCUUGAGGUCAAGGCAAUAGUACAGACACUAACCGGAAGGACACUGAAGAGAAACGAUUGGACUGGAUUGUCAACACUUUUCUUAUUUUUUUUCCCAAAGGCAGCAAAUGAAGUAAGAUCUUUACUGUUUUUGAACAAUCCCCGCCCCCAGCUGUGAUACAUACACACAUGUUCAUAUGUACAUGAAUCCCAGUUUACUUCAUGUUGUUUGUGUUUAUGUUGACUGCAGCUUGAGCAGUCAAAAUUCACAAUUUUACAUUUGAAUGUAUUGUGAUGACAGCUGCACAGAUGUUUUUUUCUGGAUGUGAUAAGUGAAGAAAAAAAUGUUGAAUGUGGAAUAUUUUUCUCCCUUUCCCUCUUCACCAAUUUUCACCAUCCAGUCAACUGCAGGAGAAAGUGUAAUUACACUUGCUGACCAGCAGAGGGCAUGUUUCACCAAAAUCCAAUUACCCUUUAAAAGUUGAAUGAUCAGGAUUGUAAAUAUUGUCAAACCUUUAAAAAAAAGGAAUCUCAUUGGUUUAAAUUAAUUCUAUAUCCUAGGAAAAAUAUGGAAACCAAACUAAUCAUUUUCAUUUCUUGAAUGACCUUAUUUUUGCUAACCUUCCAAUAUUUAUGAUGUUAUUAUAACUAUACAGUAUACCUUCUGGCCUCACCUUACAUUCAUGACUUCAGAGGGGAAUGACUGAGACUAUUUUUGUGCAAACUUUGCUAACAAGCAGUUGCCUUAAAUGCACUUUCCCCAUCGUUUUGCUUGUACAUUACUAACAGGAACCCGUUUGCAUCCCUCCCCAGGUGGUUGAUAUUAAUGUGUAAUGUAUAUUUCAAAUCUAUAUAUAUUUUCUUUUUAAACUCACAGAGGAUUUUUUUAUCUGUCUUCCAACAAGAGUUGAACCCUCCCAACCCCCCACACUCCUACUUUCAUGUAGAUGAUUAAAUAAACAGAAAGUCAAAUGUGCUGUUUGACUUUGAUGGAUGACA